AUCCCAGCCACAUUUGUCUCUUCCCCACCCCCACCCCUUAAAUCCUCAUUCCACUCCCACUCCCACAACACUAAAUUCUCACCUUCCCAAUUCCAAUACUUGUAGAGAAAAUAAAAAAUAAAAAUGAAUGUCUUAGAUUCUAAUGUGGAGGCUCUAGCCUUCAACUACUUGAGCUUCGGUUUGCUCACUGCGCUAAACAAUUUAUGGACCUGGCUGGCUCUCCUCACCGCCGCACUCAGCUUCUGGAAGAUUCGAUCCAAGCCCAUGCCCAUGCCCAUGCCCAUGCCCGAGGCCCAGACCUCUACCGGGCCCCACCCAGUUGCCUUGACGCCCACUGUGGUAGCGCUGGAGGAAACGAAGCCACUGACACGAGCGGCGGUUCGUAAGGGCGUUACGGAGGACGUUGACGGCGGGAGGAAGGGGAAGUUCACGGUGUACUACGAGGAGGACAUGCAAUGCACGUGCGUGGGGCGUGAGGGGUUCUCGACGGCGUUGGAAGAGAGAGAAGAGGGGUUGGAAACGGAGUGGUGGAAGAAGUGGGCGGGGCUGUUGCGGUUGAGAAACGGGGAGAGCGAGAACGGGUGGUACACGUGGCAGGACUUGACGGAGCUUAACGGCAACGUUGUUAGAUUAUGGGACGGUGGGUUAGCUGGUUCUUUCGCCACGGAAUCAUGGUACAACAACUCCAGCUGUAUCAAUGUGUCGUAAUAGUUAGGUGUCGUCGAUCCUGAUCCUGAUCCUGAUCCUUCUCUUGGAUUAUGCUCUCCAUCAAGACCCGGAGAGAUUAAUAUUCACAUUUCAGGAUGUAUAUAUUGUAUUUUGUAGUGGCUUUGCAAAUUUUGAUGAUGGAAAUUAUAAAUUAGAGAAAUUAAUAAAGCAUCAUCUUGUUAUCGUUCA